AAUCCCACGGAGGAGUGUAGGAAUAACAACCUGGAUCUCUCCGAACAAAAAGCCAGUCGGAGCUCGCCUGUCCCGGUGUGUUCGUCCUGUUCUCGCGUGCGUCAUGGCGUGGACGAAAUACCAGCUGUUCCUCGCGGCGCUGAUGCUCACAACCGGCUCCCUCAACACGCUGUCCGCAAAAUGGGCUGACAUGUUCUCUGCGAAAGGUUGCCAUGAUGAGCCGAAACAUCAAUUUACUCAUCCGUUUGUUCAGGCGGUGGGAAUGUUUCUGGGAGAAUUCAGCUGCAUUGUGGUCUUCUACCUCUUACUUUGCCAUGACCGACGGCGCCCCGAGCCCACGAUGAACCCCGGCCAGAGCUUUAACCCUCUGCUCUUCUUCCCCCCCGCCAUGUGUGACAUGUUGGCCACCUCCAUCAUGUAUGUUGCUCUCAACAUGACCAGUGCCUCCAGCUUCCAGAUGCUGCGUGGAGCGGUCAUCAUCUUCACUGGGCUGCUCUCUGUGACGUUCCUGGGGCGCCGCCUGGCACCCAGUCAGUGGUUCGGCAUCCUCACCACCAUCCUGGGCCUGGUGAUCGUGGGUCUCGCAGACUUCUUCAACGGGAACAAGGAUAACACACACAAACUCAGCGACAUCCUCACCGGAGACCUUCUGAUCAUCUUGGCUCAGGUCAUUGUUUCAGUGCAGAUGGUCCUUGAAGAAAAGUUUGUCUACAAACAUGACGUCCAUCCUCUUCGGGCUGUUGGCACUGAAGGUUUCUUUGGGUUCUUCGUCCUGUCGCUGCUUCUCAUCCCGAUGUAUUUCAUCCAUGUUGGGGAAUUCAGCGGCAACACUCGGGAGGUCCUGGAGGACGCGCUGGACGCCUUCUGUCAGAUCGGGCACAACCCUCUCAUCUUGUUGGCUCUGCUGGGCAACACAGUCAGCAUCGCCUUCUUUAACUUCGCCGGGAUCAGCGUCACUAAAGAGAUAAGCGCCACCACCCGCAUGGUGCUGGACAGCCUGCGCACGCUGGUCAUCUGGGCGGUGAGCCUGGCGCUGGGCUGGGAGCAGUUUCAAGGCCUGCAGGUGCUGGGCUUCAUGGUGCUGCUGGUGGGUACAGCGCUCUACAAUGGACUGCACCGCCCCCUGCUGGCCAGGAUACCGUGGUGCGCCGCUCGGGUGAACACAGAGGAGGGGGCGGAAAGCCCAGAAGAAAGAGAGAGGCUGCUGGGUGACGGCAGGGUGCAGACCGCGGACGACGGCUAAACCCUGAGACGUCCCGGUCCUCUGGACUGUCUGUCAAAGACACUGCACCUUGUCAUGUAGUGAUUGUCUUUUCUUUUUUUAUAUUCGGUCCUUGUUCACAACUCAGUUUUUCUUGGACCUCACACAAUAUUAUAAUAUGUGGGAGUGUGCACGCUCUUUCAAAGGCAUAGUUUGGCACAUGAGUAAUAUCCAUCUUCUUCUCUAACUCUGGGAGGAAAAAAGAUCCCAAAUUGUUCAACUGUGCUUUCAGAGAAGCAGAGGCCAGUCUGUUUUGUCUAACAAUACUGUUUAUAUAUAUUUUUUUUAAUGGAAUUAAUUUGUUAUUAGAAAUAGACAUGACAAAAAGAAUAAUGUAUAAUAAACCCAUAUCAAUAUUUGCUUCUGACCCCCUCACAUAUGUAUGUAUCCUUAAAUGCAGGAUAACUACCACUCUGCCUGGUUUGACCGUUACGAAGGUCAUGGAGGCAUCAAAAGUUUCUAAUUAAUAAAAGACCUUUCUGCACUCCUAAAUAUAUACAGAGUACAUACAUCUAAGUGUGUGGAUAUCGGUGUAUCCUUAAACAAAAUACUUGAACUGACAAUUUGUUUCUGAUAAUGUUUUAAGAAUGUGUUUUUGAUGUUGCUGUAUGAUUCUGCCAAAGUAUAUAUCAUGCCAACAGACAUGUGUGUGAUAGCAAUUCAAAAUGUGUUUUGUAAUCGAGCUGUUUAGUCAUCUCCUUCAUCUCAGUUUAUUGAAUAUAGAAUGUGUGCAAAAAAGCAGGUUUAAAAGAAAAUGUGUAUAUUUGCUCAUCUGAAAUUUUAGUUUUUAAUGAUCAUGUAUCAAAAUAUCUGAGCUCCUACACCAAGUGAUUUACACUUUGUAAGUCCUCCUUCUCUGUUCAGUAGUUUAUGGCUGUAUCAUACACAAACAAAGGGACUGUUAUUAUAUCACACUUGUUGAAUUGUACAAUAGCAUUUUUACUCAGGUCUUUGUUGGCCUGCCGAAAACUAGACGAUAGAUGUGAUGACAAAAUGUAAUGACAAAAAGAGGCAGUAAAAAAACACGUUUGUGCUGCAUGAUCGGGUGCAAUAUUACAUUUGUGGAUUUAUGAAUAAUUUGAUCGACCAAAGGUGUAUCUUCAACCAUUUUUUGUAAACCCAAGCAUGCUUAGCCAAGAUUUGGUUUUGAGCUUAUAUGAAAAGGGAGAAGUUGCUGCUAUAUUCUUCACUUUAUAAAGUUCUAAAUUCAA